AUGUCUAAAGAGCAAACAGAAACAAAAAAGCCGCAGGUGAAGACGCCCCAGUGGGUCUCCCUUGUAGCCGGAGGAGUAGCCGGCGGAGUGGAAGCAGCCAUCACGUAUCCUUUUGAGUACUCGAAAACACGCGUUCAACUGUUAAAUGACAGUGCUAUUCGAACAUCGAAUCCAUUGAGUCUCAUUGCCCAAGUUGCAAGGCAGGAAGGUGUCGGCGCUUUGUACACAGGAUGCACAACCCUUAUUGUUGGAACGACAGCGAAAGCUGCCGUCCGCUUCGUAUCCUACGAUACCAUCCGCAAUGCCUUGGCAGAUGAACGUGGCGUUCUCUCCGCGGGUCGGGGCAUGCUAGCUGGAAUGACGGCAGGCGCUGUGGAAAGUGUACUAGCAGUAACACCGACCGAGAGAAUCAAGACUGCAUUAAUCGACGACGCAAAAGGCGCCCGCCAGUUCAAGUCCAGUCUGCAUGCAACUAAAGUGCUCGUUCAGAGACACGGCAUCACAGAGCUUUACCGCGGUCUUGUCUCCACGAUGAUGAAGCAAUCUGCUACUUCUGCUGUUCGAAUGGGCUCAUACAACAUCCUCAGGGAAGCCGCUAAAGCCAGAGAAGUCAAGAUGAACGUGUUCACGACAUUCGGUAUCGGUGCCGUUGCAGGCGUUGUUACUGUCUACGCGACUCAACCGUUUGAUACCAUCAAGACGCGCGCACAGGGUGUCAAUGGUGCUGGUAUUGCUGAGGCUUCCCGAAGCGUGAUUCGCGACUACGGAAUUAGUGGAUUCUGGAAAGGUAGCUCCAUGCGACUCGGUCGGCUUCUGCUGAGUGGUGGAAUUGUAUUUUCGGUUUAUGAGGAGGUAGCUGCUAUUCUGUCUCCGGGAUCGCGGCGAUAG